AUGUUUGUCUUAUUAAGUUUUGUAGCCAUUUGUAUGGCCGCUAAACAGCGGACGAUAUCAGUGUAUCACACGGAUGAUAAGUGGACGAUAUCCAGAGUCAACGAUCCCGAGGCUGUAGCUGUAGCGUCGUACAAAUACACACGGAACGAACAAGGGUAUACUGAGCUUCGUAUAACAACCAACAAAAAGUAUAGCGACAAAGAGCAAAUGUUUGCUACAGGCUUUGCUGAUGGUUAUUUCUCUGCUUAUGAUAUUAAUAAUCAUCAAUCGAAUAUGGACACGUGGUAUAUAGGUCAUUAUUUAGAUAAUAAACCAUACCCAAAGUCUCUUUACAACUACAUUCAAAGUAACAUUGAUUACAUCAAUAAGAAGAUUGAAGACAAUGCAGGAGACGCUUAUUGGACAAGUGUCGACUUAGUAAUGGAACAAGUGAGAGGGAUAACAGCGGGUCAUAAUUUGGCUGUCUCAUUGGACAAACAAAUGACCUUCUUUGAUAUGUUCUUCUAUGAGAGUUAUGGUGACUUGUUAGAUUUAACUGCAGUUCUUCCUGGUGAUGAUGGUGUUGUGAGAGAAAUGUGGUACAAGAAAUACGCAAAUGAUUCAAACGCAUUCCACUUGCAAUGGAAAAUGAGAACGAAGUGCUCUGGUCUUGUGAAGUACGUCAAAGACAAACAUGAUAUUUAUGUUUCUCAAGCUGCUUGGUUCUACUACGGAGCUAUGACUCGUGUGAUGAAGUACUUUAAUAUCCAACUGAGUUCGGACUAUUUGUCUGCGAAGGAAGUCUCAUUCUCGUCAUACCCUGGGUUUGUGUUUUCAUUUGACGAUUUCUACAUGACGUCGAAUAACUUGGCGAUCUUUGAAACGACGUUUUCGAACUUCAACACGGACUUGAAUAAAUUCAUUGUCCCGGAGACUAUUCUCGAUUGGUUAAGAAUUGUUGUCGCCGUUAGACAUUCUGAUAACGGAGAUGACUUCUUUGAAUCAUUUAAAAAAGAAAACUCGGGAACAUACAACAACCAGUGGAUUGUGGUUGAUUAUGAUUUGUUGAAUAGCGUCGAGGACGGAAUACCAGAGAAGACUUUCACUGUAUCGGAACAAUUGCCAGGGUAUAUGUAUUUCCAAGACUUCUCAAAAAGCCUGGAGGAAACAGGGUACUUCGGGUCAUACAAUUUGCCGGCAAUUCAAGAAACCAUCGAUAUGAGUAACUUGAUGGAACACGCGCAAACACCAAAAGACAAAUUCUGGAACUCACCAACGGAAUGCUGCAGAGCUAACAUUUUUAGAGCAAAUGCACCAGCUGUUAACGAUAUGGAUGCGAUGAAGAAGAUGAUGAAGUACAACAAAUGGCAAGAUGACAUCAACUCAGUCACUCCAGACGGAAUUAAAGACUCCGGUGCGGCUAUUGGAGCAAGGUACGACUUGAGAGACCAAGCUAUUGGAGCACUCCCAUUCGGUCAGAUGGACGCAAAAAUUUGUGAGAAGGCCGGAUUUGAUAAACUCCGAUUCCACGUUGAAGCUGGACCAACUCAUGACGACCAAGAGGUACUUGAUUUCAAUACAUUCCCAUCACAUAACUGGAACUGGGGAACUGAUGGUGUUGUGAAGGUGUGGAAUUUCGAGUGGGAAGAGUUUGUCCCUAAAUAA